AUGUGUCAAUGUGUGAUAUAUUGUAAGAUUUGCAAGUUUUUUUAUGGUUUUUAUGUAUUUAUUAUUAUUAACAGCUUUUUUCAGAGAACAUGCUAGUAGCGACCCACCUUUAUAGUAGCUCUAUCUCAAUCCCUGAAGAGUUAUAAAAUAGCACAUUUACCAUGUGUUAUAUUUGCAAUUGUUUUUCAUGGACGUUGGACUUAGUUCAAAGGGUACUCACAUUCAUCUUAUCGUGCUGGUUGGUGUUGGCUGUGUGUGUUGGAGCAAUAAUAGCAACAGUCGCUGGUAUUGCUUACGGAUACAACUACUGUUUAGCAGAAUAUUUAACUCUAUAUAAAAACGAUCUUAAUAUUUAUAUGCGACGAGGGCAGGUUCCAGAGGCACCUAAAAUAAGAAGAAUGGGCUUUGAAAAUCUUGAUCUACUCACAUCAGAUGAUAAUUCAAACAACCCUGGUAAUCAAGAAAUUGAGGACGACGGGACACCUUUAUCAGAUACUUGGGCAAGAAGGCAAGACACGAGACUAUACGCAGAAAGACUGACAAAGUUUGCAGAGCACAAAGAAAAUGAUAAUGAUCAAGACAGCAUACAGUAUAAGACACUAAACCACGAAUUCAAAACAAAAUCUUCACUUCACAUAAAAUCAAUUUCUCGGGACCCUAUGAUUUCAACAUCAGUUUGGGAGAGAGGUGUUUCGGAAAUAGUGAUGCGACACUAUCAACCAAUGCAUGAUAUAGAUAGAGCAAAUAAUGUGGACAAUGAUGAAAAACAAAAAACAAAUAGAUACAAAAAUACCGAGAACUCAGACGAAACAACUCAAACAAUAACACCCGACAUCAAAAUAAUGUUAGAAGAUAGCACGAAAGGGUAAGCUGUUGGUGUGUUUAUUAUGAUGAGACACAAUCAAGAGUGGAUUGUUAAUAAUUUAUAAAUAAGAAUUUUAAAUUGAAAUAAAUAUUUAAUUUUAAA